ACAAACCCGGAAGCAGCUCUUCCUCCUCUUCCCUCCCAAGCACGUGAUGCUGCACACACCGGAAGCGAGCCUCGGUUGUCGACGGUACGACCGGGCUGAGCGAGGACAAAAUAAUAAGGAUCUGGGAGGGGCUGACUAACUCACUAGAAGGCGGUGCGAUGAGCGACGGAUCUGGAGAGCCAGCUGCGGAGGCCCCGCCCGACACCGGACGCGGGGUCCGGAUCGUGGUGGAAUACUGCAAGCCCUGUGGCUUUGAGUCUGCCUACCUAGAGCUGGCAAAUGCAGUAAAAGAAGAAUAUCCUGAUGUGGAGAUUGAAUCCCGACUUGGGGGAACAGGUGCUUUUGAAAUAGAAAUAAAUGGACAGCUGAUCUUCUCCAAACUUGAAAAUGGAGGAUUUCCUUAUGAGAAAGAUCUCAUUGAAGCAAUCCGCAGGGCUAGCAAUGGGGAGCCACUUGAGAAGAUCACCAAGAGUCGACCGCCUUGCAUCAUCCUUUAGUCUCUCUCUCUGUCUGGUCCGCAUCUUCAAAUCCUCCACCUGCCUACCCACCCCUUAAUUCCAGCCAUCCUUGCUUCCACCUCCUACUCAGGUUUAAUUACUUUGCUAGGUGAGGAGGUGGCAGAUGCAACAAGGUAAUUUUUGUUGCUAGCACACAAGGAGCCUUAUAAACAAGAACCUGAGCCAAUUUAGGGAGUUGGGGAAAACAAGGUACUUGCUAAAUAAGUUGGAUUGAUCAGACUUUCUCGUUGGGGAGCUCCUCUCAUUUCUCAAGACCCAAAUGGAACUGUCUUGACUGCUGCACUUCAGUCCUUAUCUGUACUGACAAGAGUAAAGCCUCACUUCCUCUGCUACUCCUUUCAGAACUAUGUCCUCUCGGGUGACCUUAAAUGGUUCAUCCUGGGACAUUUGCUAUCUCCCCCCUUCCCUAUCCCUGAAAUUCCUUUAACUGUGAGCCAGAAUAAGCCAGUGUCUCAUCCUGUCCUCACUAGAAUGUUUGAACACCUAGGUUAAAGCUUACUAAAAAGUCUAGACAUUUGUCUGGACAGGAUUCAUACUAUGUAGAAAGUUCUGAAGGACCAUAUACACUUUCAAUCUAGUCUUAGGGACCAGUGUUUUUAAAUGCUCCAGAGUGGAACACCUCUCGCUGUUCACCCAGUGUGAUUGAGAAUUUCCCACAGCAAUGCUGCAGCUAUAUUUUCCCCUCAUGUCUUGUACCACUGCCCCAAUGUAGAUUUAAAAUGAAGGCUUGGAUUAGCUUAAAGGUCUUUCCUCCUUCACUGUUAAGUCCUCCCUGGGUAGUUGGUACAAUGAUGAUAGAGCAUGGAAGGGGGAGCGUUUAUUUGAGUCCCAUCCAUUAUCCACAGCAUCUUGUACAACAGCAAACCAGGCCUUACAUUAUCAUAGCAGCUAUAAGGGCAAUGUAGGCACCAGCAAUGGAAAUUAUUUCCCCAAGCCAGGCCAGAUUGUCGGGCAAAGGAGAGAAUGGGGUUGAGCACAACGCUUUUUACCAAAUCUGCCAAAAGUUGCAGUCCAUCUGUUUGCCAGUUGUUUAAAUAUGCCACCUGCUUGGCAGCCUUGGCCAAUUUUUUUAAGGACUAGCAUGAAGCUUAGAAUUGUUCAGAGCAGGCUAGUGACUUGGAGAUGACUUUAUUCUUCAAAGCUGUUUAGUCAGUGGUUAAAGUUCUUUCAGCUGAACUGCAAAUAACAAAAAAAACUAAACCGCAUAUUCUGAAUCUCAAGCAUACUUAAUUCUCCCAUUACUGUCAGUAUGUUUAAAUGAGGCUGGAUUGCACUUGUUGUGGGCACACUUUUUUAAAAAAAAUCUGGUCUCUUCCAGUUGUCAUCCUUAGACCAAACAGCAGGCUUGCAUCUCCUCCUUUCCCAGUUACAUUAGUAAUACAAAAUGCAUUACAAUGUUCAAUUAUGCUAUUAAGUUUGCCUCACAGUGCACCUGGCAGCCAAUGAAACAGUAUAGGGGUGGGGAAACUCUCGGGACAUUGGUGGCACCUCACACAUUUUGUUUUCCUUGGUGGGAAGGGGUUGCUGUGUAGUGAUAGUCAUGAAUAUCUAUCACUUCUAGUUCAAACCUGACAUGUCUAAUUUCUCUUUCAUCUCCCCCCCUCAUUCCAGACUCCUGGGUUUUAACACCCAGUUUUCACCUCUUUUGUCUAUCAGUUGGUGACUUGGGCACAUCUGCCACAGCUGAAAGUGCUAAAUGACAGUAAGUGCUUCUGCUAAUCGUUAGGAAGACACACAGCCCAGGCUGGGAGAUGAAAAGGGAGCCAGUAAUAAUGAUCUUCCCUGCUGUCUAAUUUAUGUGCUGGGAAUGUUGAUGAAUUCAUUUGUUCCGUCCAAUUUAUAUAAAGGAAAAAAUUAAAUGCUUGAAAUAAA